AUGACUAUCGCAACUACAGCAGAAACAGCAGAUGGAGCGCAAAGUCCAGCUGCAAAAACAGAAGAAACUAAGCAGACUGUGCCCUUUAGCACAAAGGCAGUGUCCCAUAUCGGUGCAUAUCCCCUUGUUUCGGAGUCCCUCGCGUAUGUGCUCGGGUUCCAGGUCGCUGCCCUCAUAGCUGGGUAUGUUUUGGCGGCAGUUUCACGUGCAGCUGGCCUUAUAUCAUCGAUUCCAGGUCUUGUGCAGAUUUUCAACUUGUUCGACCAAACUUUCGACUCGGUUCUUUCCGCACUAGACUCGAGGUUCCCACGUUUGGCUAAGCUUUCCUUCUCGGAUGUCGCCGGAUUUGUCGCAUCGGUUCUCCAGAGGGUUGUGGACUUCGUCAAGGUGUAUGCAGGUGCCCUUUAUGGUCGCACAAAGCCAUACGUCGACCCAGCAGCUAAAAGAGUCAACGAUCUAUACGAAUACGCAUUGAAUGAGGCCAUUCCUACCAGAUCAAGCGAUGCAGAGGUUCAAAAAGACACGUCUGACGAAUUGGGACGCUCCUAUAUCCUUGCCAAGGAGACCUACCACAGGGUUGAGCCCUACACUCGCCAGGUGAGGGCAAUCCCUUCGCAUGUGGGCUCAGUUUACCAAGAUGAGAAGUCCAAGGCCGCCAGCACCCAGGAGGCAAUCACAAAAACGACUGCCCGUGUUUCCAAAGAGGCUUAUGAGACUAUCCAGCCAAGCAUUCAGAAACUGGUCAGCGUGAUUAGGCCGGAGGCAGACGGCAAGUCGGAGGAUAAAGUUGCUGGUGCUACAGUUGUAGUUUCGGCCGAGGUGGAUGGCGAGACUCCAAAGGAAGCCUAG